UUUACAAUGGCAUCAUCUAUAGUCAAGAGUGUAACCUCCCUACUCACACCUUUAAAAUCACCAUCUCUGAAAUUGAUAUCUUCCCCAAUCACUAAUCAAGGGAAAUUCUUAUCAGUCACCGCCAUAAAACCUGCACUUCAAAGUCCAAACUCUGGGUCAAGAAACUGCAAUUCUUAUAAGAACAAACUUUACUCACCUUCAGAAGGGAGAAGAUCGCCCCAAGCACUUAAGGCUGCAAGAUGUUUAUUUUCCCCACAAAGAAGCCCCAGACCAUCGCUAGCUAAAAGAUUGUAUCCGACAUCACAUAAGAGUGAUGAGAGAACACCUCCUUCAUUUGACACGCCACUCCGCAAAUCCAUGUCUACCGCAAGUUUUUAUACAAAUAACAAAGAAAGUUUUAUUCUCGGAAGAGGUAGUUACGGUUUGGUGGUGGAAGGAAGAUAUAAAAACAAAAAUAUUGCAGUAAAAAUAAUGUCGCAGUGCCAGAAACAAGAUGAAGUGUUAAACAGCGAGAUGAACGCGUUGAAAUUAAACCACCCAAACCUCAUCAAGGUGUUUCAGGUGAUGGUUGAACCGGAUGUAAACAUUGGUUUUGUCUUUAUGGAACUGAUCUGGAGUAAAACUCUAGAAAAUGUUCUUCAGGAUCAGAUAGUCAAACAAAUAGACAAACUGAGAUACCUAAAGCAGAUUGGUAGUGCUUUACAAUACUGCCAUAGCAACAGUAUUUUGCACUUAGACGUGAAACCGAAAAAUGUCAUUGUCAUAGCUGAGGAAAAAACUUGCAAACUGUGUGAUUUUGGAAGCUCUUAUGAUCAGUUCAACACAAGCUUGAUAAAUAAUCCUAGAAAGGGAACUGUAAAGUACUCCGCCCCAGAACUCCUUAAAGGUGAACACCCAACAGAAAAGGCAGAUGUUUACUCUUUUGGAAUCACAAUGUGGCAAACAAUAUAUCAAGAAGUGCCUUAUGGGAUAGAGGACCUACAUCAAGUAGUGUAUAAGGUUGUCAAGAACAACUAUCGUCCGAUGAGUUGUUCACCUAUCAACUCAUCAGUUCACCACAUAUAUGAAACUUGCUGGCAGGCAGACCCACAAAAAAGGCCAUCGAUGUCACAGGUGCUACAGAUGUGUCAAAAAGUACCGGUAGUUGUGGUAUGA